UCAAGCAGCCUUCUCAUUCUCCCCCACACGGUGUUGGCCAAUUGUCAUUGGUGUACGUAUGUCAAAAGCAAGAAGUUGGCCGGAGCAGGAAUUUCUUUUCUUGUACGGGCAAUUUUCCAUGAAAACCAUGGAAAUCGCGAUUGUUGGAUGGAAAACUGUUUCCAUCAAGUGUGCGGAACCAUCGAAGUAUUAAAGAACGUGUAUGAGCAUUGCUGGGUCGGAAAGUAGCGGAGGGAGUAGAGUAGUGUUUGACCGCUUUAUACUACAGUCUGUGUGCGUGUGUGUGUGGUUUUGUGAGUAACCAUGGAAUCGGAAACAGACGACAACUGCUAUGAGCGGAAGGACAUCCCGGUGGAUAGCUUUGGAGGUGAUUUCUACCACAGCAGAGACGUAACAACGCGCCAGCUCAACCGACAUCACCUGGUGAGCUGUGCGUCCGAUCUGUCUCCGGCCAAUGCACGUCCCAUCUCACUGCCGGCAAAGUUAAGCAACAAUCCCGAUGGAGGAACGUGCAAUGGUCGUGAUCAGCUCGAUAGUGGAACGAAUUUGGUCGACAGCUCAUCGCUGAUCAGACGGUACGCUGAGGUGACCAAGUUUAAGCAGGACGUAUCAUCCGGCAGCGGAAACAGCGCAAACAGGCUUUCUAAAGGACCGGAUUCUUCCCUAGCAAUGGCAAAACGGCGGUUCAGCGCAUUGCACUCCAGCGUGCAGCAAAAUGAGGUGGAAACAAUGGACGACGAUAUGAUGCCUCUGCUUUCGAACAAUCGAGAACUCUCGCAGGAAGAACUGUAUGAAUCACACACAUCACUUGUCUCCAGCUCGGAAGGAGGCAUUAUGGCCGAGGGUGAAGAAACGUCCAGUGACGAAUCGCAGGAAUCGAACAGUUCGGCCAAUCCUACCGCGAUCGUGAUGAGUCUGCUGGAGCGUUUGCUUCGUUCGCAUCCGGUAUGGUUUUUACCCGGCAUUCAACGUUCCGGUGCAAUCCAUCUGCUGCAGGGAAAGGAAGAAGGGACGUUCAUUGUUCGUGGUUCUAGUCAGUCAAAAACGAUGGCCGUUUCGGUGCGUUUGCCGGUGAACGCAGGGCCUUACAUCGAACACUAUCUGAUACAGUCCAACAACGGGCAGUUGAGUUUGGAAAGCUCUCGCUUCAAGUUUGACUCCAUACCAGCGCUUAUCGCUCACUACACGCAAUGCUGCGACGAGCUACCCGUCCAGCUAUGUCUUCCGGUAGCGUUACGCGAAGCGAAAAAUCGCCAGCAACUAUCGUCUUUGGCGCUGCUGGGCCAAGAGUUCUGGCGCUAUCCGAUGGCUAGCUCGCCGAAACCAAAACCAACCACCGUACCGGCGACACCGUCCGCCACCUCUAGUCACAUGAACACCCCGUCCGAAGCAACGCACUCGAGCGGCAUCGGCAUAUCCGUACUUAAUCAUACACCGGUCAGUCACGGCACACCUAUCACCGGCGGUACCUCACUGGGUGGAGGUGGAAUGCUAAACACGUUCGGCGAGACACCGACCGAUACGUUCUCGACGCUGAGCAGUUUCACCGUCAGCAAUGGGCAAACGCUGCUGAGUCCCGAAUCGAUCGACAGUGCCAUCAUGAUGUCACCGAUGACCGACCAGAACCAGACGGGGAUCAUUGGGAAAACGAGCACGUUUAAGGCACGCAAGCAGCAAAUCAUCUCACCCACCACGCAACAUGAGGUGGAAAAGCAAAUUGAACUGUUCAACGCAAACAUACUGGGGCACGGUAGCCACGGGGGUCAUUCAAACGGUGAUGUUACUGGCGGCGAAAUGACAAGCUCGACCUCAUCAUCCAUGGAAAGCAGACAGGGCGAUGUGCAAAACGUGAGCAGCACGCUGGAACGGAAACCACGAGCACCGAGACCAACGCCACCGAAUACGCUGAACAUUAAACCGAUUAGAAGUCCACCAGCACCACCGGCAAGACGUAUAAAGCUGCAGAUUGCAGAGAAUAGCCCGACGGUAGAGCGAACCACAUUCAUGCAACAAAAAGACACGGACUUCACACCGACAACAGGAUUUCCUACCAGAGACACAGCAUUCCAGCGCAGAGAAACACCGGUGUUGACCACCGGCACUUCCAACAAUUCGGGUUCACAUGUAACCAAUACUGUGUGGUAUUGUGAUACCGACACUGUAGGAGAUGGACAGGAGAAGCAACCAUCUGUGAGUCAGACAAACGAUCACAAACCAGAAGUGGACAAUCAUUGCUUCAGCGUUCCGGCGAGUACUCGCGUUAGUCGCCGUAACAAGCGGAAAGAAUCGAAACACUAUCAGGAAUCGGAUAUUUUGGAAUCACCAUCCGUUUACUGCAGAAGUACGCUCGUGGAUAAGAUCAGCGAUUAUGAGGACAUAUGGACGCAGGACGCGGCUAGCAAAGGCGAUCGAAGGUCGCUUCUAGGUCAGCGGCAUGGCAUGUUUGGCCAGGAAGAUUUAACUCUAAAAGGUCUUGUUUCUCCAUCGAUCGAUUCCAUGAGUUACAGACAGGGCAAAUUAACCUCCUAUCGUGGCCCAGCCGGCCAUGGUGGGGCGCACACGUACUCAGUCGACAAUCUUGCCGUUGGUAUGAGUGGUCUUGAUUCGGCUAGUGAUCGUGCCAGCACACCGACCGACAAACCAGCCCGUCCACCGGUGGCAUUGAAAACGUUUUCACCAAUACCGAAGGAGGACAAUCGUUUCGGUCGGACGGCGUUAGCUGAUGUCCGACAGCGAUCGUGCAUGAACAUUUCGCACACCACACCCGCCGGGACACCGGUGACGCUAGAAGACGCGAUUGGUGGUGGUGUUGGGUUCGGUGGACAGGACCAAAAACAGGCCAGCCCGUUCUAUGCGGAUCCGGCGGAUAUUUUAAGCAACAUCGUCCGUCGCAGUCCUUUAAAUCGUUUGGCUUCAUCGAACAGCAGCCAGCGUCAUUCGGAACCACCAAAGCAGCUGUUCGGAAAUGAUGAUGUGCUACCUUACACGGUGCAUCCGUGGGGCAAUGGAAAUGGAUGCAAUGUGAAUAACAACUUUGCCGCAUCUCUGGACGAGCUGGCAUUGGAGAAAAACGACUCCAUGGUGUCGGGUGUUAGAAUGCAUGAACUGAGCAUUACGGGUGGUGCUGCGGUUCACAUUAUGAGUGAUUACGACUCCGAUAUCCGAUGGAAAACUCCCACCACCUCGAUGAAGACGAUCGAACCGCCUACAAAGCCACACCAGAAAAGCACCGAUAGUCUCAUCGGAAGACCGAUCACGAUACAUCAGAUUAUAGCAAAGAAGUUGCCGGCACUGAAUUUGUCGGAACGAUUGCUGGAUGGUAUGCUGGCGAACGAUAGCGGCAUCGGAGGCAAUGGCGAGUCAGGUUUCGGAACGUUAGGUAACAGAGGACAGCGGAAGUCGGCCUACGAUAAUGUGGAAAAGCAAGCAAAUGCUUAUGCAUCAUCAGCCAUCAAUAGCGCUCAUUCGGACGAUGGUACUGUUUUUUCUGAACCGUGGGACAGCUCUCAGUGGGAUUCUUUUCUUCCCAACGAACAAUCUUCUCUGGAGGUUACGAACAUGGGUAAUAGCUACGACAGCAGUAGCUCGGUUGCCAAAGAAAACCGCUACGGAAAAGACAUACAGCAACAGUUACCACAGUCGCAGCAAAAAGUAGCUACUAUACUGCGUUCUCGCAGUUGCCGCGAUCGAGAAAUUUUAUGUCAUCCACGCAACAGGUCCUCUCAUAACGGUCCCGGCGAAUCAAUUGCCACGUACGCCUUCUACCUUGCGAGUAAGCCGGACUCAACGUUUUCCCGCAACAUAAGCAACUUUAUCGCCUGUACGAAGGAAUCGAAGGCGGCCCCUCAUCCGCAGGUUGUGAUGCGCAACAUGCGCCAAUUCAUGUCCGGCAUGAAGAACUAUCUGGUGAAGCACGGCGAGGGCGACUUUGCCGCAGAGGUGCAGAAAGCACGGGCACAGUUGAAAGCGGACGAGUUCCUCAACCUCGACUCAAUCCUGGAGGAGGUGAUGCACAAGCUGGUGAUACUGCCGUUGCGUGAGCAUCUCUACGGUUUGUUCGUGGAUUACUACAGCCAAUCGGGCGAUAUACAGCUGAUUGUGGAAAAGGUACGCUCGACAGCGGGUCGCGGUCCACUGGCUUUCGGUAUCAAGGGUAAUGUGAUACCGCCGAGCCCAACAGCGAUGCGACAAAUUGCAACAUUGUUCGUGCGUCUGCAAGAGGUGGAACUGCCCUUAGCUAAACUGGAUUUGCUUCUUGCCGCGGUGUCGACCAUUUUUGAAGCGACCACCUGCUGCAACGGGCAACAGCUAAGUGCGGACGAUUUCCUGCCCGUGCUGGUAAUGGUGGUGGCACAUUGUGGAUUUAUCGGUGCGGAAAUUGAGGCAGAGUAUAUGUGGGGAUUACUACAACCAUCGCUGCUGAGCGGGGAAGCUGGCUAUUACUUAACGGCCCUCUGCAGUGCGGUGCAUGUGCUUAAGAACUUUAGCCUCAGCGAACAGGAAGGCACAUCGACUCUGGAUUGGGAAUCAUCAACGAUGCCAAACUGUUCGUCGGUGCUACGCGUGAUCAUACCGGACGAAUAUAAUGGUUCGAUUCAAACGCGCACACUUCCAAUACGACCGCAUACGACGACGAAGGAAGUGUGCCGAAUAAUUGCCCAUAAGGCAAGAAUAACAAAUGCCCAAGACUAUGGUCUAUUCAAGCUGAUCGACGGUGAAGAAACUCUUCUACAUGACACCGAAUGUCCGCAAGACGUCCGGAUGACGGCGAAAGGGAAACAUUUUAUGAUAGCAUACAAAAGGAUCGACGCAAAAAUAGCGUGGCCCACCGUGAUGCCAAAUAACGCUGCUAGCAACAACACUAUGACCACUAGCACUACUAAUACUACGAAUGCUACUGCUAAUAAUGCUAUCAUUGCUACCACUACCACUACUACUACUGCGAGUGAUAAUCAACUAAAAGUAUAAGCAAACAAUGAAUUAAGCUUCCAUCGUUAAACAUUAAGUCUGAUAUACUCUUUUGCAUAAGAUCGUAUUUUGCCGUAGUAACAUGUUUAUCGUUCAACUUCAUUUCUUUUCGAGUAGCAUCCCACUUCCGGGAUGCUAGUUUGCUCGGUUUAAUCUUAUUACACGUAUAGUAUACACAUAUAAUCAUAUACAAUCAAUCAUACAUAUACAAUCGUACAGACCGUAAAACUACAUUUCGAACAUUGCAAGCACUACAACGCUUCAUGUGUUACAACCUCAAUAUCGAUUCUCGUAUAGCAAUGCAAUUUUACUAUGGAUGAGUUUAGAUUUUAAUUCAUCACAACUAGCGUUUUCUUCUUGUGCAACACGUAGGAAGUAAAGAUAAUUUUAACACACUAACGCUGGAGCGAACCGCUCGGGUGUAAAAAAGGUUAAAGGCAUAUACAAACUUGGUGAAAUUGCUUUCUUUUUAAUACAUGCAGGAAUGAUGUAGUGGUGCGAAAGGUAGCGAAGCUAGAGCCGUAUUAUGCCAUUCUCUGUGAUGAAGCGCGUAAAAAACAUACCGUUCUCGCCCAAGUCCCCCCCCCUUCGGUAGCAGCCACUAAUCUCUCGAUCCAACUAGAGUGCAAACCAUUGGUUAAGCGUUUUCUUUUUAAUGAUUUGUUAAUAAUGUGUUUUAAACGAAAAAGAAAGGUUAACAAAAAAUGGGCAACGUAAUGGAAAUCUUGUUUUACUACUUUCUCUCUUACAUACGUACGUGUGAAUGUGUUUUUAAUGUGUGCUGUUAGUUCCAUUCGUAUAUUCUGUUUCCGUCAUCAAAUGACAAGAUGUCCGACCCGUUUUAAUUAGGUUACGGGUUUGAUUGUUCAUUAGCACUAGCAGCAAAUCUUUUACACAUACACCCAUGAUGUGUUCCCAGCAAACUGGUAGGACUAGCAGAGUAGAAUUCAGCACUAAUUGAAGCAGCACAUCGAAGACCGUGUCGCGCCAAGAGCUUCCAUUAAACGCCUAGUCAGGCAUGGUCAAUAUGCGUUAGGUUUGUGUUGAGUUAUUUGCUUUGAAUGGACUGUUUUCGUGAUACCUUUUUAUGAAACAAUAUGAAACUAAUUUAUUCCCUCCCCGAUCCAGCUGUUUCCAUUGGCCGUUCCACAGGAAUGCUAUGAAACCCUUCAAAAGAAAACAUGCUCUCCUUUUGCUAACGACAAUGAAUGAGUGAAUGAGUUGUGCGUAGUUUCAACUUUUCCUACAUCUAAUGUUACUAAUGUAAAUCAAUUAUUAAUCACUAAUCGCGUAUUCUUGUUUCCCCCGGAGGGAGGAUACAUCCCUCCGUUUGAGUGUGACACAGUUUUUUCUUCUUGUGUGUUUUGUGUGGUGUGUGCGUGUGCUCGUACUUUUAACGAACAAAAAAAAACUAACUAAAACAACUAGCAACAACUAUGUAUAUUCAACAAUGAACAAAUUCUUUCUUUCUUCUUAACAAUUGCCAAAUAAACCCCCUUCUUACGCGGACACUUUGCUAUUGCUCACAAUGGUCGUUAUCGGUUCGUGAAGCAAUGCGUGAAUGAACUACAACUAAGUUGGUUUGAAGGAUUGUAGUACUAGUAGUAGUAGAAACGAUGCCAAUCAGCAAGACACAAAAUCAACAAACAAAAAAAAAUGCUCUGUCGAAACGAAUUGCUCACAAAACAAAAGAUGAAGAGAAACAAAAUCAAUAGGCGUUUUCCUAUCUUGCAAUGCAUUUACACAAAAGUGAAACAAACAGUCAAGCAACUUAACAGUAGAUAAAUGGUAACGGAUUUCGGUAAAGAUAAGGAAUGAAGGAAGCGUUGUGUUUGGGGCUCAGGAAUGACUUGAUCUAUUUUUGAUAGCUAUCUUUUUCCCGAUCUGAUCACCGAUGAUAACUCAACCUUGUAAGAAAGUAAUUUCGAGUAGAAAAGCAACAACCAAUGCAGAAAACGCGUAGCAACAUAAAGCAAACAAAACGACAGUAUUAAAUGCAGAAUGAAUAGAACAGAUAGAGUAAUAACACUCUCCUUUUCCUCCUGCCCCAAAAUCGCAAUAGUAGCCCUCCCCAAAAAAACUAGUAAGAGUAGUGCAAUGAAGUCCUAACCAUUUAAAACAAACCGAUUGCUGGUGCGUAGGGAAAACUGCUGGCAGAAAGGAAAGGUGGCAAAGAGUAAGUGGAAAAUGAAAGAUGGAAAAUGGCGUGGAGAGCAACAACAAGAAAAGAAAUAUCUUGCCAAAUAGGUAUAGGAAGUUUUUUGGAAACAUCUAUUUUUACAACACAAGCGUAUUUAUUGCAGAUAACGAUAAAAUAAACUCUCUCUAUAUAUACAUAUUAGACAA